AUGGACUUUGCAGCCUCCCUCCUCGAGCUCCAAGCAGAGGCCAGCUGCCCCCUCUGCCUGGAUUACCUGAGAGACCCAGUGACCACUGAGUGUGGACAUAACUUCUGUCGCUCCUGCAUCCAGCAGCGCUGGGAAGAUCUCCAGGACAUCUUUCCCUGUCCUGUCUGCCUCCACCAUUGCCCUGACAGGAACUUCAAGAAGAACACUCAACUAUGCCACAUAACUGAUAUUGUUAAGCAGAUUCCCACUACAGGGAGGGAGAGGGAACUGCAGGAAGAAAAACCCCUGUGUGUGAAGCAUCAUGAGGUUCUGACCCUGUUCUGUGAGGAGGACCUGGAGCUGUUGUGUCCCCAGUGCAGUGCCUCAUCAGACUAUGAGGAUCAGCCCCUGAUACCCAUUGAGGUAGCUGCAGCUAGUUACAGAAGGAGGCUCAAAAAUUAUCUUGAGGCACUGACAGUGGAGGUGGAAGAUGCUGAAACGGGAUUUGAAAACCAAGUGACAAAUAUUUUUGAAGUGCAGAAGAAGAUGGAGAGUUGCAGGAGAGAAUUACUCUAUGAAUGUAAAGAAUUUAAGAAUUCCUUGAAAGGAGAGCAAGAUGAAAUCAAUGCCAGUCUACUUGUGGAAGAGAAAGAUGUUAGAGAAAAACUAACUGAAAAUAGAGGGCAAAUUUCAAACCAUAUGCUCAUGCUAAAUAAUCUGUUAAUUGAAAUAGCAGAGAAGUAUUUCCAAACAGACCUGGAUUUACUCACAGAUAUUGAAAGUAUUCAUAAGAGGUAUGAAAAUUUAGCAACCCCAGCAGUCUUUUCAUAUGAAUUAAAGAAGGAGAUUUGCAUCCUCCCUCCACAUUAUUUUGGCCUGCAUAAAAUGAUCAGCACAUUUCAGGUAGAUUUGACCCUGGAUCCUGAAACUGCCCAUCCAAGUCUCUUAAUCUCAAGAGACAGAAAAAGUAUGACUUAUAAGGCACCAAGUGGUCUUCAUGAUCCCCAGUUUUAUAACUUUAUUCAACAGUCAGCAGUUAAUGCUUAUCCACAUUACUUGUUUGUAGAUUUUAGAAAGUGGUGA